GUCACCGUCAGUCCGUGGGUCUCCACAUGCAGCAACUUCCACGUAGUGAGACCUGGGUCGUUAAUACUUGCAGAGUCUAAUUGUAAAUCUUAUAACGCAAGUAUUAUCGAGCAAAUGGCUGCAUAUUGUAUAUCUUUUCCAAUAUCUUUUCAAUCUAAUUCCAACUAAACAUUAACCUACUCCCCUUUUACAUUGUUAAACAUUUUAAAUAAAUAAAUGAUUAAAUAUAAUAGAAUACUGGAAUAAGUUUAUAGAGAAAUGCGCAGUAUUAAUUAUAAGUAUAAUUUUCAUUUGAACGAAGCCGUGUGAAAGAAAGAGAGAGAGAGAGAGAGAGAGAGAGUGAGUGAGAGUGAAUGAGCAUACAGAGUGAGAGAGAGAGAGCUAAGAUGCAAAUGACUCCGUGUUCAACAUUUGUUAAGAUUUAUGUAUAUCGUAAGACUAAAUAAAAUUAACUUACUAUUAACCUACAUAACGAGUUUUAUAUAUAUAUAUAUUUAUAGAUAAGAGUAUGUGUACAUAUAAGAUAAGAGCUUCAUCUUAUUGCUAAGUGGCGCCACUAAAUGCAAUUUAAUUUUCACGGGAAAUGUCGAAAAUAUGAUUAACGCCAGCAAUAAAAAUUUUUCUUUUUAUGCAUGAACUCUUAUCGGCAAAACAACAUUUUUUUACACGAUUUUUUUUUCCUUUUUUUUUUUCCAAAGAAGAUGAACUUCUUUUUUCAAAAUUUCGAAAGAGAUCAUACCUAUCCUCGUUUAUAUUUUCAUUCAUGAAAUGAGACGUUGUUCAUCAAAAUUACUUGAGAUUUACGAUUGGAUUUGUUUAUUGAUGUAAAUCGUUAUAUUUAUAAUCAAGAGUAAUGAACGGCGUUAACUGAUAUUCAUUAAUUUAUAUAACACCUUUGAUAUUACUGAUAACAUGGCUGAUCCAACGAUACAGACUUUUUGUUGUCGCCAUACAAAUAAAACGGAUUUGGCUAUUAAAAUAAUGGAAGAAUUUAAUACAGAUAUAUAUAAUAUAGUAUGCAUGGUUUCUUCGACAAUGGGAAUACUUGGAGCUGUUUAUCAAGUGUUACCACGUGAAAUGUCAAAUCUUCCUCAUCGAUGGAAUAGUUUUUCAGCAUCGAGAGGUCGUGAGAUUAUUGUAUGGCUUGCAAUUGCUGAUUUAUUUGCCUCUUUAGGUAUAUUUAUAAGAUCGGCAUUAUGGAUUAACUUUAAAUCUAUUAUGCCAAUGGAAGAUGAUACUUCUAGCGUUAUAUUUUGUGCUCUUUCUUCGGCAUGGACACAAUAUUUUUAUAUGGCUACAUGGAUUUGGACAUUGUGCUAUGCUGUGGAUAUGAAAUUAUUACUUAAUGAUCGAUCUGGUCAUCCUAUUUGCUAUCAUGCAUUUGCAUGGAUUUGUCCUGCUUUAUUGACAGUUUUUGGCUUGUCAAUAUUAUAUGUUCCAGAUGCUAACUGUCAUAAUUUAACGUCAUUGUCAAUUGCGAUAUUACGCAUUCUUCCAAAUUAUUGUACAACAUAUGUCUUAUUGGCAAUUGUUAUGAUAAUAAAUCCUCUUCUUUAUAUUGCUUCAACUCGUGAUCUUAAAACAGCUGUUUCAUGUAGUUUAGCACAAAUGACUGGACGUGAACGAAAAUUAGUUCAAACUAUUAGACUUAAGUUUGCAUUAAUUAAUAUUGUUUAUUAUAUAUGUUGGGUACCAAAUCUAAUCAAUGGUGUUUUAUUAUGGACACUAUGGUUUCAGUUACCUGUUAAAGCAAUUAUUACUUUGUGGUAUAUGAUGGCAGUGACAAAUCCACUUCAAGCAUUUUUAAAUGCAUUGGUUUAUCAGAGAUGGGGUAGAAAAGAAAAAUUUCGAUUAGAAUGGUGUCAGAAAUUAGGAAGCUUCAGUUUAAAUCAAAUUUCGAAAGGGAAUGCGGAUAUAAAUUUGAAUGAAUCAUCUCCUUUGUUAAAUCAAUAUACCCGUACACCACAUACAAGUAUAAAUGGAUCUUCAUCAUUAUGAAAACUGUGAUAAAGCUUUUAGUGUAUUGUUAGAAACAUAGAAUUAGUUACGAUAAAA